CCACCUUCAUCCCUUCACACGCCACGCUCGGGAGCGUCUGCAAGCCUGAUGUUAAUAUCGAGAUGGGACGAAAUGAUUAGCCACUUAUUUAUAUGAAGCUUUUCGUGUAAACAUAAUGCCGGAGGACGGCCCCUCCAAUGAAGCUUCCGGAAGCGGUAAAUCCGGACCCGAGUCUUUGUCAUGUGUAUCGUGCAGAAAUAGGAAACUCAAAUGUGAUCGCGUAAAGCCAAAGUGUAAACGCUGCGAGAAAGCCAACCUCGAAUGCGUCUUUCCCGAGUCUCGGAGGAGACCAGCCUUUAAACGGAGGAACGUGAAGGAGCUUGAAGCGCGUCUGGCUCAGGUUGAAGUGCUGUUGAAAGAGGCAGGCCAAAAUGGCUCACGCCCACCGCAACAGAAGACUGCCGAGGAUGCCGACAUUCAAUCUGGUGAAGCGACAGAGAAUACGAUCUUCGAAGGGCUGGAUUUCACCGCCCCUGAUUUUUUGUAUGAUGGUGACACCCAAUUCUCAUUCCAACAAGAUCCGACAACAUCAUUCUCGGGGGGAAAUUCGAGCGGCCAAGAUCAAGGCAGCACCCCCUUUAAUGGGUCUCUUAUCGAUAUCGGCGGUGUAUAUGAGAGAUUGCCUCCUUUUGAGGUGAUGGAAGACCUUAAUCGCAUAUUCUUUGCGAGUCAGAAGCAUCUUAUUCCUAUAAUUCAUCCUUCACGUUAUCUUCAAUCCUUCUAUUCUGCGCCACAUAUGAAACCUCCGAUGUGCCUUCAAUAUGCCAUCUGGGCGCUGGCCUCACAUGGUCAUCCGAAGUAUAAUAUGUACCACGAUAUCUUCUAUCGACGUGCUCGCCAGUAUACUGAAACGGAUGAGAUGAAGUCAUACGGCGAACACUUCAUCACCGUGGCUCAUGCCCAAGCGUACUGUGUGAUAGCUACGUAUGAGGCCAAAACCAUGAUGUUUACCCGAGCUGCUAUGACCUGUGCGAAAGGAGUUCGACUUGCGGAAAUGAUGGGCCUUCAUCGACUUGAUGGCGCCGCCGAGGAGAUAAGCCCCACGCUAUUACCCCCAAAAGAUUGGGCUGAAUUAGAAGAGCGACGACGGACGUUCUGGGGAAUAUUUUGCAUUGAUAGCCAUUGCUCGAUAUCGACUGGUUGGCCAUUUCUUAUUGAUACCGCUGAGGUCACAACUUUGCUUCCCGCUCCAGAAGCUGCGUUCGAAAGUGGCCAGCAAGAAGACACGUAUACUCUUCAUGAAGCAUUCAAGGGGCAGCAAUAUUCAUCAUUCGCUGGAGCUGUCUUGAUCUGCCAUAUACACAAUCAAAUCCUCAAACACGUCCAUAGACCUAGGCCUAACGAUAACCCCGACAAUUAUGAGUAUGGCGAAUACUGGCAGCGGCACCGCGAGAUCGAUAAUACGCUCUCAAGCGCAUUCAUCUUUUUACCAUCGAGCUUUCGUCUUCCCGAUAACUUUCGUGAUCCCAUCGCCGUUCAUACAAAUCUUAACUUGCAUGCAUCGAUUAUUUGCCUGCAUCACGCCGCGAUUGAGAGGAUAGAUACUUACAAACUACCUGAAAGUGCUAAGAAAAUUAGCCAUGAUCGUUUAACAACGGCGGCACAAGAAAUUGUCAAUAUUGUUAAACUAACUAGCCACGUGGCUUCAAGCCCCAAAAGUCCAUUAACCGCGCUUUCAAUGUAUUGCGCCGCGUCAGUUUACACAUAUCUUUGUAAAGCAAACCAAGCGCCAACUCACCUCGAUAAUCUCGACUUCAUUAUCUCAGCCAUGGAGGCGCUCGGACGAACCCAUUACAUCACUCGAGCCUUCCUUCGCCAGGUUGUCGUUGAUAUCGAACGAAACGGUAUCAAGGACAUCGUGAAACUAUCUACUCUCGACAACCUUAAUGACGAGUUCAAGGUCCAGGUCUCGCACAACAUACCCCUACUCGCCCGGUCUAGCGUCUCGCGGCACUCACAGGUCCAGCCCCCGUUGCCGGGUCGCCUUCCCCUGGGUAACCCAGUUGGCAAGCCCCUCAACGACUGUGAUAACCCGGGCGAGUACGGUACUUGGACCUCUGAAAUACGCAUAUACGGCAACAUCGCUCGGGAGCCUCCGUCCGCUGAAGCCACCACGUCAGGCAGUAAAAACAAGCGGAGACGCGUGUCCCCUUCUCCCGAGACUGGCGCCGCAAACGACUCAUCCGACAGCCACGGGACCGCAACGAACCCAUCCGCACACUCCUCCCCCGCAAACAUGACAGCCCCAACACACACUAGGCUCUGCGGCGGUGGGUACGCCACGAACCCUCAAACGGAGGUUAACUUACCGCACCGCACGGGAUCGCCACAAGUAGCCGCGACUACCAAAACCUCGACGCCGUCAAUAACGUCUAUAUGGCGCGGCCUCGGCGCAGACUGCUCUUUACCAGCUUCGUUCCGGCCAGGGGCCCGUGAAUCGAGCUGGGCGCAGGAGGGCAGGGAUCAGAACUGCGAUCUCGCCCGCGGGUACAUACAAGCCGUGUUCAGCGACCACGGCAUGAUGCCCUCGAAUUUCGCUGCUUCUGAAAACCCCUCCGUGCCGCAAAACCCUGCAUCGCAAAACCCUCCGCCACAAAAUCACGCUGGACAAGAGGAGGUGGGUAUACCGUGGGAUAUGUCGGGCACGGAGGGCAUAAACGCGAAUGUGGAGUGGGAUAUCUUGGGCGAGGCUUUAGGCGUGGAUCUUCCUGCGAUGAUGAAUUUCUCUAGCGGGAGGGAGGAUGGGGGGACUAGGUCGGGGGCUGGGUAGAUUACUUACCAGGUAGAUAGACGCCUAGAUAUUGGGCAGGAAAGAGAUGGGUUUGACGAAAUAGAUGGGAUGGUAGUCCAAAAGGCGGAUUUGCCAGUGCUAUAGGGUGUACAUACUAGAACCAUAAUGAUCCACUCAUCCUCUCGA